AUGGUGGCGUCGCCGUCCGCGCGGUGGGCGCGAGGGGUGCGGCGCCGGUGCAGCGGCGCGGCGCUCGCCGCGGCGGCCGCCGCGGCGCUCCUCGCGGGCGCGCCGGCGCUCUUCGCUGGGCGGCCCACCGCCGGGACGCGGGCGCCUUCGGAGGCGCUGCGCGAGGCGCGGCCCGGCGCGGCCCCGGUGCAGCCGAGACGUGCGCCCGAGUUGGCGCGCUUGGCGCGCGGGGACGGCGGCGGCGCCGACGUGCCCGUGCAGGAGCAGGGGCAGGCUUCCCGGGCCUCGAGGAUGUCCAGCAGGCUGAUGGACGAGAUCACCGGCAGCACCCCGGGGCUCGCGCGCUCCUCGGCCGAGGACCCAAAGGCGCCGGAGGGCGCGGGCGGCGUGCGGCUAUUCGCAGCGCCGGGGCCGAGGGAGCGCGUGGACUUCGCGCUCUGGCUGCGGGCUCGGCCCGACGUUCGGGCCGCUGCCCUGCUUCCAGGUCGGCACCUUCCGGAUGUGCCUCUGACUGUCGCAGACGCUGGUGCUGACCUUCGGGCUGCUCGGGCUGGCGGUGGCCGCCCUCGGGCCCGGCAUCCUGGAGCCCCCGCGCUCUCCGAGGGCGUACUACCCGUAGGAUGCGGCUGCCCUCGUCUUCCCCGCUGGCUCUCGCACAACAGAGAGCAAAGACUGUGGGGGCUCGACCACAAGACGUCCAUGGAUCUUCUGUGUGGGAACGUCACGCUUCCCCAUCGCAGAACCAUCGAAACCCAAGAAACCCAGGGCACCCUGGCGGCAAGCAGGGUGUUUCCUGGCAUGGCUUCUGCUUGUGCAGCUUUUCGUUCCUAGCGGCUCAUCGCAUCGUUUUUCCGGCGCCGCUACGCAGCGCAGCAGGGCGCCGCCCCAUUAUUUUUUUUGGCGGCACGGCGUGCACCGCCGCCGUCGUCGCCCUCCUCGCGGCCCGCCUCGGAACGCCGCUGGGGUGACGCCCCCGCCAGGUUGGAAUAUAACAAGUCCGUUCGGCGCAGGGCUGCCUGCGCCGCCUCCCUCCGCAAUGGCGGGCGGCCGAGCGGCGGCGCUCUCGCGGCCGGGCGCGUCCCGCGGGCGGCCCGCGCCGCUUUCCGGGCCUCUGCGGCGGAAGCUGCCUCGGGCAGA